UGUCCACGCAACUGUCCACCACACGCGCCUAGGAUCCGAGUCAAGUCACCUUAGUUAGUGUUUCACCUUCCUCCAGCUGCUCCGUCACCGGCGAGCUCCAUAUACGCUGGCAAGACAAGAGGAGGAGAGCAAAGCCCUGGUGACUCGGUCAUCCCUAUCGAUUCUCGAUCGGCUAGCACCUUGGUUUGCUCCGCUCCGGCCAGAUUUCGGCUGAGCAUCCGUACGUACGAGCCAGGAUCUGUACGAGACUCAUGGAGGAUGACCUUCCUCUCAAAAGAAAGAGACUGGAGGAGGACCAACGUAUGCUGCAGCGUAUACUUGACGGAGCCGACGACCCAACGGAUCUACCAUUACAACUCUUAAAGGACAUCACGAAUGAUUUCUCUGAAGGCAGAAAAAUCGGCCAGGGUGGAUCUGGAGCGGUUUACGAGAAACAGAUAAGAAACUCUGUGUCAGGAGAAAUCACCUUGGCUAACGUGAGAGAAAGAUUGUUUUGUUUCGAGUACAUCAGCAAUGGAAGCCUGGAUAAGCAUAUUACCGAUGAAUUAAGAGGCUUUGAAUGGGAAACACGUUAUGAAUUAAUCAUCGGGAUUGGCAAGGGCCUGCGUUAUCUUCAUGAGGAAAAAAGGAUGAUUCACAUGGACCUUAAACCGGAAAAUAUAUUACUUGAUAAUCAAAAUUACAAAUAUAUAGUUCCAAAAAUCACGGAUUUUGGUCUAUCAAGACCAAAUAAAAACUCGCACACUGUAGGUCAACUUUACGGAACACGUGGAUACAUGGCUCCAGAAUACAGGGAAGGUAGCAAAACUACACCUGCGUGUGAUAUAUAUAGUUUGGGUGCCAUAAUCAGGGAAUUGGUAACAGGGUGUAUGGAAGUCCCUUGCAAAGAUAAUGUACUUCGAAGGUGGAGGCAUAGGUGGAGGAAGCCACCGACGUUAUUGCAAUACCAGCAAGUGACUAGAUGCAUUGAAAUAGCAGGAUUUUGCAGGGCAGAAAAACCAGAAGCUAGACCUUCUAUAUUGAAGAUAAUCAGCUUUCUGGGUGAAUCUGAAAGCACAUAUGGCCAGGUAAUCCCUUGUUUAGAUGAAGAUGACAUGCUUCGGAUUAAUCCGCUCGAACUACGGCUGCCUUCUGAGCUGAAGAACGAGAUAUCGCACUCAAUUGAGCUAACCAACGAUACAGUUAAUUGCAUUGCCUUCAACAUCCAACCGCCAAGCGUAAAGUACAUAUCGCAACCAGUGAAAGGCACUGUGCAAUCAAAAUCCAAGUGUUAUGUGAAGAUAACAGUGCAGCCACGAGAUGCUCGUGAACAUGACGAUACUGACAAGUUCAUCGUGCAAAGCAUGAAAUGGAGCGAGGGUCUUAUAGAAGAGGAUAUCACAGAAUGCAUAUCCCGUGCAAAGGCCGAGAAAGUUGUCGAUGAGGUGGAUUUGAUGGUUGUAAAUGAGCCCACGAGGCCCCAAGAGAAUUGCAGAGCAUGCUUGGAUACAUCCAAGCACCCUCGCAAGCGUAGAGGAGACACCAACACAUCAGCUGAGGAAGUUCCCGAGUUGAAGAAGAGAAAGAUUGGCGAGUCUUCUUCUGCAAUGGGAAAACUUGGUAGCAGCCGAAAAGCAGAGGCAGCUUGCAUGUACAAAUUCUACCCACCACAAAGCUUUUCACGUACUUCUCCUACCAACACGAUGUACCUAGGGGAGGAGGGGCACCGAGCUGUGGAUCACACAAGGGGGGCUAUGGGCAGCCUGCUUGACAAGCUAGGCAAGCUCGUCACGGAGGACUACAGUCUAGAUACGACCAUCAAGAGUGAUAUCGAGUCUUUCUCACAAGAUCUGAGAAAGAUGCACCGAGACCUCCCAAAGCUGAAAAAUGAUUAUGAGGCCAAGAACUGGGUUGACGAAGUUAGAGAGUUUGCUUAUAACAUAGAGGAUAUGGUCGAUAACUUCCUGGUGCACAUCGUGCCUAACUCCAGUAGGAGAGGCUUCAAGGAGAUCAUGCAUGACAGUGUAAAGCUAGUGCAGAAUGGCAUGACGACUCACCGUCAGAUUAGUGACGUGAUUAGAGAAAUCAAGGCCAAUGUUAAGACUCUGGACAAAAGGAAAGAGAAGUACAACAUUAAUGUCAAAGGUGAUGUGGAUAAAGCAGCUACCAAAGCCGCCAUUGACGACCUUCGGAAUUCUGCUAUACAUGAAGAAGAUAAAGAACGACUCGUUGGCAUCAAAGCGCCAAGAGAGGAGAUAAUAAGGCUACUUAAGAAGCAUGGCAAUGUACCAAAUGAAAAGCUCAGGGUAGUCUCUAUCGUUGGAAUGGGAGGAUUGGGCAAGACCACGCUUGCCAAGGCAGUGUAUGACAAAUACAAGCGUAAAAGAUACAAUCCUAAAGUGUUUGUUCCAAUGGGCCGGAAUCCCGAUGUAGAGACUGUUUUGAAGAACAUUAUCUUUGAAAUUAAAGAGGAUUUCAAUGCAAAAGGGUUGAAUGUGGGACAGCUCACAAAAAAAGUCAAAGAAUUGCUUCGGAAUGAGAGAUACCUCAUAGUAAUCGAUGAUGUAUGGCAUUCCUUUGAAUGGCGUGUUAUUAAACCUGCUUUCCCAGAAAACAAAAAGGGCAGUAGAGUGAUAAUAACAACUAGGGAUCAUGAUAUUGCGCUUGAAUGUUGCCAUCCUGAAAAUGAUUAUGUUUAUAAGAUCAAACCACUCAGUGACGAAGACUCAAGAAGACUAUUUCUUGCAAGAAUGUUUGGACCCGGAAAAGAUCACCCUGAUACACCCAGAAAAGAAGAGAUUUCAGAAUAUCUUCUUAAAAAAUGUGGAGGUAUGCCACUUGCUAUUAAUAGCAUAGCAAGACAUCUAGCUGGUAAGGAUGAGGCAACAUGGGAGUACGCAUGGAAAUGCUUGGUUGAUAUGACUCAAGGAGAUGGUCUUAAAAUCACGAAGCAGAUAUUGGAUCUUAGCUACAUACAUCUACCUGAUGAUCUGAAGACAUGUCUGCUUUAUGUUUGCAAGUAUCCAGAGGAUCGUGAGAUAGAUAAAAAUGAUUUGUUGAGGCAAUGGGUAGCUGAAGGUUUCGUUAGUGCAAAGGGUCAGCUGGAUGCGGAGGAUGUUGCUGAAAAUAACUUCAAAGCACUCAUCAGCAUGUGUAUGAUUGAACCUGGGAAGAUAAACUAUAACUGUGAAGUGGUGUCCUGUAGAGUACAUGAUCUAAUUCUUGAUCUUAUCAGGUCCAAAUCAAGUCAAUUGAAUUUUGUUCAUGUAAUUGAUGGUUUCAAAGAUGUGUCAGGGCAGCUCCGUCGGAUCUCAGUCCAGUAUAGUGAUAAAAAUGAUAGUAUAGUUCUUGAAACAAUCAAAGGGUCACUAUCACAUGUUCGGUCAGUCUCACUUUACCGAGGCUUACUCAUACAUGAUCUUCUGGUGUCCAAGUAUGUCCGAGUUCUACACCUUGAACAUCCGGUAUUUUCCAUAGGCGCCGUCCUAGACCUCACCUGUAUCAGUGGGUUGUUUCUCCUGACGUAUUUAAAGGUUGCAUGUUCUUACACUGAGUUGAAGCUACCUGAUAAAAUUGGGCAGCUACAACAAUUGGAGACAAUAGAUCUGAAUGGAGGUGUGUUCGGAAAAUAUCCAUCAGAUAUUGCUAGUUUGCCCCGGUUAUCGCAUCUCAUAUUUGGUGGACAUGUGGGUUUAGCGUUACCUGACGGGAUUGGCAGGUUGAAAUCCCUGCGCACCCUAGAAGGUGUAAGUGUGUAUCAAAGCUCGGUAGACAAUAUCGAGGGUCUCGGAGAGCUGACCGACUUGAGGAAACUUGAGUUCUAUUCAUACGUUAUUGAGCUGGAAAAAGUGACCAAUAUGCGUACAGAUGCCUUGCACUCUUCCAUUUGCAAGCUUUCCACCAGCCUCAGAAUCCUUGAUUUGGGACAAGAAUCAGGUGACAUACCAUAUGUCGAAGGCUGGAGCAGGACACUAUUCCCUCCAGGGUCUCCUAUUCGGAAGCUCGAUAUGUCCUACUGCAAAUUUCAAAGGUGCCCCAAGUGGAUUGGUCAGCUCCACCACCUCUACAGCUUAAGUAUUGGAGUGAUGGAGGUGGCUGAUGGUCUCAGUAUCGUUGCAGGGUUGCCUUCACUUGCCUACUUCCAAUUGUAUGCUAGGCAUGAACUAGAGGAAGAAAUUGUGGUCGUCCCUGGCAGCGGGGCAUUCCAAACACUAAAGCACCUGAGUUUCCACUGUCCAAAAGCGUCACUGACCUUUGAAGCAGGGGCUAUGCCCAAGCUAGAGAAGCUUGACAUAUUGUUACCUUACCUCAUGACUCGCCAAUUCCUAACUGUUGGCAUCGAGCACUUGCCAGCUGGCACCCUUAAAGAAAUCUGUUUAAUUGUGCCCUCAGGCACGACAACUGCGAUGUCCCAGUUGAAAAGAGAAUUUAAGGCACAUCAUCCUAGCGCUGACAUCGUCAUUGACUUUGAAGAUGAUGAAGGUUAUGAGGCAGACGACAAUGAAGAAGAUUAUUAUUGUGGUGAAGACGAAGAAGAUGACGAGGUUGCUUAUCAAGUGAAUGGAUCUCAAAUUUCAUCACAGGCCCAGGCUAACACAAGGAAAGAUGAGCUAACUGAGGCGCAGCAAUAUUCUGGUAGGAUGAGCAUUAAUACCGAUGUGCCUCCAAUGGCAGACACGUCGGUGGAUCUUGCGGUCGGAUCCGAGGAGCGGCAGAGCGAACGCACUCAAGAUUUGGCCGUUUGGGAAUCCUUGCAUCUGCCUUCUACAAGUCCGGUUGCCUCUUCUUCGCCUUCCUCCCUUAAUCUGACAAUAGAACUCUGCUCAUCGCUGGACAGAGCCGAGCCCAUGGCUAACUUUCCUGUUGACAUCAACAAUGACUUAUUUGUUCAGCGGGGUAACAGUGUCAUGCUGGUUAAUGCACUGGGGCAAUAUCUUGAUCUCAAUCAGGCUCCUCUAGAUGAAGCAACAGACAGCAACAGUUCAAGAUGA